AUGCUGCCGUCCGUGGCACAUCAGCCUCUUCAGUUCCUACCGCACCGCCAUACUCAAUCCCUUUACUCCCCCGAUAUCUCUUACGACCUUCACGGACACAACAUACACACCUUCCAAGAUGACUUGCAACUUUCACAGUACGGGCAAUCUUCUCUACUUAGAGGAAGUAGGACGCAUUGCUCGCGACCGAUUCAGCGGCCAGAUAUACACCGCCUACCGGACGGCAGGUUACAUGGCACCUCUGCCUCGCUAGAGCACACUUUACGGCGGAAAACCCCCAAUGGUACCCUCGCUGCUGGUUACGAUGCAACUCCUGGAGAUAAAUCUAUCCAACAGCCUGCCACCAAGCACAUCCUCGUUUCUUCGCUCGAUAAUAGCCAAAUACUGCCGCAAUCUGGCCUCUCUCUAGAUCCUCUACAACAUUUCAAACCUGUCGAACCUCUACCUCUCUCUCAGCAUCAAAAUUUUCCUCCCGCGUUUAAGCAAGAUGCCAAUAGAAUAAAUACCGUACAUAACGGUAUACCUCAAGAAUUACCAAACACUAACUGGAUUGGGUCUCUAAAUCACCCCCAAAGCAGCAUUGACUCGGUUUUAAAUCAGACAGAUGGCCUUUCCGCAGAGCAGAGGUAUAAUUACUGGCAAAAUUUGCCCACAGUACCGACAGUACUUGCUUCUUCUUUUCAGCCCGGCCUUGGGGUCCCUGACUCUGCCGCUGCAACGCAGUACGGCCAAUACUGGCCUGAUGGACCUUAUAUGCCACCAUAUCGGCCUUCUGCGUUUGGAGAGACUAGAUAUCAAUCAACACCGUCCAUAGGACAGCACUCACUACAUAACAACAAUCGCUUUGCCGACCCACAAUCACUUUUUAACAGACAGUCUCUCCCCCCUUCCGAACUCCUCGCACCAGGCUUUUCCUGGAAUCCACUUCCGGCCCAGUCGAGUAUAAAUGGGCAUCAGCAACAGCAAGUCUAUGCUCACGACCUCUCAAGACCUCAACAACAUUAUGGUCCCAGUCAUAUUCCUCAAAAAGCCCCAGAUCAAAUCUGGGAUCAACACCAACUGCAGUAUGGACCGUCACUGCCUGCGAACCAUGAUGUUCACCCUUUAGAUUCGGUCGAUCCUUUACGCUGGCAACAGCCCCCAUAUAGUAGCCUACCUUCUUCGACACCAGAAACUGCCAGGUCACCGAGGAAUUCUGAAUUUAAGGAAAAGACUCUCUCCUGGGCUCAUAGCGUUUAUGUCGACCUGCUUGCAUCGCUACACAAUGCUAGAAAGAAAGCGAGCCAAGGAGGUAUAGAAGCUCACUCUCGGGAGGCUCUCAAGCCUAGCAUAUAUCCCAAACCGCCACGACAGCCAAUGUCCGACUUCUCACAUUCACAUAACAUGGCCAGAAAACCUAGGAAUCUCGGCCCGCAUGUUCAGCCCAUAAGUAUGCAUCCGCAACGAAGCCAUUCUAUGCAUCUUGAUCCAUCCAUGGGUGGGUUUUUCGAUGCAAAGAGACAUCCUGCCCACCGGUCAUUCCCGUCCAUAGACGGAUCUGCUCAACAUAACCAGUUGAGGCAUGUGAACCAACUUUUCGAUCAACGAAUGUCUACUGAUAUGUCAAUGAACGGGUAUCGGACGAUUCGACGUAGUCAUGGAGCUUCCAUGUCACGCCUGUUCAGCCCCACACAUGAGGCCAUGUCAAUAUCAGAAAAGGCAGUAUCUGCUUUGGAAAUGCUUGCUACUCUAUGUAAAGAGAGUGGCUGGACAUGGGUUGAUGGGAUGCUCGUUGGUGGCUGUCUUGCUUAUGGUCUAGGUGAUUAUAACCGAGCCAUGCGCUGGUAUAACCGGGUUAUAAAUCAAGAUGCUUCACAUGUUGAGGCAAUAUCUAACCUAGCCGCUUCUCUUCUUGCUUUGGAACGACGCGAAGAGGCUCUACAGCAGUGGUUGCGUGCCAUAAAACUACGGCCAAGUUACUUUGAUGCUGUUGAACAUCUCAUCGGACUGUUAUGUAGCAGUCAACGAGGCAAAGAAGCAGUCAAUAUUGUUCAAUACGUUGAGAAUGCUUUACGAUUACCCCCAAGUGGCGACUAUUUCAAGUCGAAUCGUGGAUGCGACCAUUCCGAUACAGAGUCAGAAGACAGGGAGUCCAGCGUAUCCACUAUAGAAUCUGCGGACAAAAUGGCGUUCGAUUACGCCGAUAGCGUCCAAAGCCCUCUCGCAUUCGCUCGUCGUGGAUCUGACCAAUCUACCCCUGGUUUUGGCUCGAGCGGCUAUGCUAUACCUGGCGCGGAUAAUGGCAGAAUUCUUGGUCUUAUACAUGCUAAGGGGAACAUGCUUUAUGCCCUUGGAGAUAAUGCUGCUGCUGCAGGAGCUUUUGAGGAAGCUAUCCUCAUUAGCACAAGUAAACGACAUGGAAUGAAGAGUCUUAUCCGUCAUAUCCUUUCAUCUUUUGGCGACGAGGAUAGACAUGGACUACCUACCACUCGACAAUACGACUCUAAGGAAACCGUUUUGCUCUUCCCGGACAAGGCCCUGCAAACAGCGAAGUUAGUGUUCCAUCCGCAUGGAACUUUACCUGGUCUUCAGUAUCUCCCAGAGGGCCUGGCCAAAAGGGCUGCAAUUUCUACAACUAGCAACUCACUACUUUCCCUUGCGAAGAUAUACCAAGACGGCAUGUCAUCGGCUUCUCCAAAUGGAACCCUGAGAAGCACUCCAGGUGUGCGAGAUAUUCUUGCAUUAUACUAUCUAUCACUUUCACUCCAACCCAGUCCGUCAACAGCAAAUAAUGUUGGAAUCCUUCUUGCUGGAAUUCAAGGAACUGCUGCCAAAUCUAUUCGCACGGCAGGCGAAUAUCAGAUUCCAGAAAUUCCUGGAGUCAGCCCGGGCAGUGGCAUUGCCCUCGCUUUAGCUUACUACAACUACGGCCUCACCCUUGAUUCAAGGCAUGCUCAUCUGUACACCAAUCUAGGGAGCCUUCUUAAAGAUAUCGGCCAGUUGCCUGCUGCGAUCAAGAUGUACGAACAGGCGGUACAAUGCGACAGUAAGUUUGAUAUUGCGCUGGCAAACCUCGCAAAUGCCGUAAAAGAUUCUGGCAGGAUCAACGAUGCCAUUGGAUACUAUCGACGAGCUGUGAAUGCCAAUCCCGAUUUUGCUGAAGCAGUGUGUGGCUUAGCAAAUGCGUUGAAUUCUGUUUGCAACUGGGGAGGUAGAGGAGGCAUAUCUCCUCGCCGAGGUAUCAGGGAUUUGUGGCAUGUUGAUGACCAAGGUCGGCUACGUGACGCAAAAGAAAUGGCAGUUGAUACGGGAUGGAUUAAACGAGUUGUUGAUAUUGUGGACAAACAGCUGAAGGACGGUGAGCUUUGGGGCUGUGGCACUCUUCAAAACCUAACACCAGACCAGCUAUGCUCAGCCCUCAUGUCGCCAUCUAGUAACAGCAGGGAUGCAAUGAGCAGACGAACAACUUUGAAUUCCAUAUUACGUUCCUGGUCAGGAAAGAAAUGGGAGGGUUCGCGGACAGUUCGGCUCAUCGAACGAAUGGUGAAAUAUAUUGGUUGGCAAUGGUAUCAAGAUCGAUAUGUACAUCACAGAGAAUAUCCGGCCUCGAGGUAUUCCCGCCCUCAUUUCCCAGGCGCACUCGCCCCGCCCAGUGCACCAACCGUCUUGCCUUUCCAUACCUUUACCUGCCCGCUAUCCGCAAAGCAAAUUCGCCAUAUUUCCCAGCGUAAUGGCCUACGUAUCUCCUGUUCCACACUUCGUUCUCCAUGGCUUCCUGCUACGGUAUAUCAACCUCCAGCUCCUCCAAAUCCUCAAAUCAUCGUUGGAUACGUCUCAUCUGAUUUCAACAACCACCCUCUGGCUCACCUUAUGCAGUCUGUCUUUGGCCUCCAUAACCCAAGUCGUGUAAAAGCGAUCUGUUAUGCAACAUCAGCCAGUGACAACUCUAUCCACCGUCAACAAAUUCAACGUGAAGCCCCUGUCUUCCGUGACGUUAGCAGUUGGUCUGUUGAUCGUCUAGUAGAUCAGAUUGUCAGGGACGGUGUUCAUAUACUUGUCAACCUGAACGGAUACACACGUGGUGCACGAAACGAGGUGUUUGCAGCUCGACCGGCGCCUAUACACAUGUCAUUCAUGGGAUUUGCCGGGUCAUUAGGUGCUGAAUGGUCUGAUUAUAUCCUAGCAGAUGAACUGUCCAUUCCACCAAGUACGCUGGCCCCUCGAGGGCAGACUCCGAGAAUAGAGGAUCGACUGUAUGAUGCCGAUCAUAACGAAGAAGCAGAUGACUGGAUAUACAAUGAAAAAAUCGUGUAUACCAAGCAUACUUUCUUUUGCUGCGAUCACAGACAGAGUGCCCCUGAUGCCCGUGGGCCAAGGUUGACAUGGGAAGAAGAGCAAGCGAAUAGAUGGAAGAUGCGCAAGGAGUUAUUCCCAGAUCUCAAGGAUGACACAGUGAUUCUGGGAAACUUCAAUCAACUGUACAAGAUUGAACCCACAACAUUCCGCACCUGGUUAAGGAUUUUGGCCGGUAUUCCUAACGCAAUACUCUGGCUUCUUCGCUUCCCUGACGUUGGGGAACAAAAUCUCCGACAGACAGCCAAGGCUUGGGCUGGUGAAGCAACUGCAUCUAGAAUCAUAUUCACCGACGUUGCACCAAAGCAUGCUCACAUUUCCCGUGCUCGGAUUUGUGACCUCUUCCUAGACACGCCAGAAUGCAAUGCUCACACCACAGCGGCGGAUGUUCUCUGGAGUGGCACACCACUCCUCACUUUUCCACGAUAUAAGUACAAGAUGUGCUCUCGCAUGGCAUCUAGUAUUUUAACCAGUGCACUUCCACAGACGGAAGACGGCAAACAAGCCGCGAGGCAGUUGAUCUCUUCCUCAGAGGCUGAAUAUGAACAAACUGCGAUUGAACUAGGUUUGGGGAUGAAGUACGAACUUGGCAACAACCAAGGCAGGGCAAGUGGCCGAUUAUUUGAACUUCGGAAAAUGCUUUACUUGAAUCGAUGGGAAAGUAAACUGUUUGAUACCCGAAGAUGGGUCAAUGAUUUGGAAGAGGCGUACGAGAAGGUUUGGGCGAAUUGGGUUCAAGGAGAGGAGAAGGAUAUAUGGCUAUGAUGGGUGUAUUUUCA